AUGAGCGGGACUCCUCGCUUGCGGUCUGGGUUCCCAGCAACUCCAGCUACCGUUGCUCGACGACAGAACCUCCAACAAACACCCUCGACAGUCGGCACCGUUUCGUCAAAUGGCACCACCUUCUCCAAUUCAGCCUCCGCCUCUGCCAAGUCACCUACUCUUCCUCUCGCCCCCGAAAAUGUUACCGGCCGUCGCGUCACGAGCGAGCCUCUUAUCCCCUUGACCUUCCUCGAUGCUCCUCAACAGCGUUUAUACGCACUGGCCGUUUAUGUGCUGCUAUGGGCCUGGAAACUCUACGAUUGGCUUCAAGUCAUUGAAGAUGGCGAUUCGUCCUGGUGGUUAUUUAUCAAGUGGAUUUUCAUUGAUUUUGCUUUCCUCUUUGGCUUGCCCGAACUCAGAAUCCCAUGGCUGGAGCUUUCCCAGUUCCUCGUCACUACCCUUUUCACUGGGCAUGUCGUCCUCAACUACAUGUUGAUGUUCAAUAUUCCUCUACCCUGGCAGACAUGGCUUCUCGGCUUCGCCAAGGUCUUGUAUGACCGCGAAAUUUCCAUUUCCGAGCACAACGUGAAGCUUUCGAGCAUCCUGAACAAUCACUCGCUCAUCAUGGGCAGGCAAAUUAUCAACAUUCUUCCUGAAGGCUCAGCCGUGCUCAACCCUGACAUGUUGCCCUACUGCUUGAACCGCAAGGACAAGACUGGCGCCUCGCUGCCAAUCUCCUUCAAUGCCACCGUGCCCGCCGAAAUUGAGUUGAUUCGUGUCGACCUCGAAACAAACAAGGAGGAAACCAUCAAGAUCCCCACACGCGAAGUCAACAAGGUUGCCAGAGCCAUCCGCGACCAAGGCAUCGAUCCCAACAAUGGUGCAUUCACCUGGCUCCAUGUCGUCAAGAAGACUGGUGUCUAUCGUCUGGGCAGAGUCUUGGAUGAGUACAAGCUCGAGGUGCAGCGCGUCACCAAGGAAACUUACGUGGUCCCUUGUCCGCGGGCCAAUAUUCGUGCUUCUGAAUCGUCCCAGCGAUGCAUUCGCGAUUUGUCUGAUCUGUCGCUUGAAGUGGUUGGCACUCCGCCACUCAAAAUCAAGUACAGCCGUUCUAUCAAUGGCAUAAAUCACGAUUUUCGAUUUCAAAGCCUACAGCCCGACGGCUUUGCCUCGCCACUCAUUGCAGGCGCAAAUGGCGGUGCCGUUGCUAACAAUGACGACUUCUCCUGGGCACGUCCUGCCAAGGUCACGGUCGGUCUCAACGAAUCUCUCACCAAUCCUGGAGAAUGGGAGUAUUCUGUUGAUGAAGUUCACGACGCAUUCGGAAACGAAGUCAAGUACGCCAAGCCAGGCGAAGACGUAGAUGUCACCAAUCCCAAGGGCCUUACUCAAAAGUUCACGGUGAGAGAACGGCCAAAGAUUCGCAUGGAUGGCUGUGACCUCAGACAUCCGAUAAAAGUGGCCAAGGGCAGUGCCAAGUCCCUGCCCAUUUCUUUUAGUCUCUCUGGUUCUAUCAAGGAUACAUCACAUGAAAUUACAUGGGAAUUCUCGCCUAUUGACACCUUAACUAACAGCGGGGAUCAUGGCGACAAGUCAUCGAUAUUCAGUCAUUCAGCAAAAUAUUCUGGAGACAAACCUUUCGUAUCUGAAUCUGGGCUAUACACUCUCAGAUCGGUGACGAGUGGCUCUUGUCAUGGCGAAGUGGACGAACCGUCAUCUUGUUUGUUGCUGAAUCCAUUGGAACCUCAUCUGUCUAUUCGUUCCGAAGACAUACCCGACAAGUGCGCAGGCAACUCAAUCGGUCUUCGAGUUGACCUUGACCUUGUGGGCACUCCACCAUUCGAUAUCCGAUACGACAUCAUUUCUGAUGGUCCACCUGAGGGCAAAACCUUGCGUGUGCCUGGCUUGCGUGCACAACUCGAGCUCAUCCCUAAGGAGGCUGGCCGUCAUAAGUACGUUUUCAUGUCCAUCAGCGACGCCGUGUAUACUGGUUUGCCCCUGUCUGGCCAAGACAUCACUCUCGAGCAGGUCGUAAAACCAGCUGCCUCGGCCAAGAUCAUCCACCCGCGCGACACGAUAAACGCCUGUCUUGAUUCAGAAGUCGAGAUAGAUGUUGCCCUCAACGGCGAUCCUCCCUUUAACCUCGAAUGGGAAACUGUACAUGAUGGCAAACGCAAAACAGAACGCGUAACCAACCUCGAAGACAACAAGUUCAAGAUCAAGACACAAGUCCUUGCAAAAGGAGGAGAGUAUAUUCUUGCUCUCAGCAGCGUGCAAGACAAGCGUGGUUGCAAAACCUUCCUACAGGAUCAGAUCAAGAUUGCAGUCCGGCGACAGCGACCGCGAGGUGGCUUCGGGUUGGUAGAGCAGAAGAACUCCAUCAUGGCUGUGGAAGACACUCCCUUGCGUCUCCCCUUGCGGCUACAAGGUGAAUCUCCUUGGACCAUCCGGUAUCGGAAUAUGAAUGAAUCUGGGAGCGAAAUUACUAAAACUGCCACCGCACCGAACGAUAAUCUCCUCGUCAAGUCCCGAGGAGUGUAUGAAAUUCUAGAGGUAAAGGACAGUCAGUGUCAAGGCACCGUCGACAAGUCUGCCUCUACAUUCCAGGUGGACUGGUUCCCUAGACCCCAAAUUUCGCUCGUUCAAACUGAGAGCAUAACAAACGGUAAGGACGCAUUCGUCAAGCAAGACGUCUGCGAGGGCGAUAUCGACGGAUUUGAAGUCAACCUUCAAGGUUCACCACCAUACCACGUGUCGUACAAGUUGGAACACAGAGUUGCAAAGGGCUCCCACUCGGAACGAAGCAGGGAAUUUGAUGCUGCACUUUCCAAGGCAUCCAUAUCAAUGGAUACCAGCAAAGCUGGCGACUACUCUUACAAGUUUAUUGGUCUUGCCGACAACCUGUAUAACGACAAGAAACUACAGCCGCUAGUGGUAAAGCAACGCGUCAACGCCAAGCCAACGGCGGUCUUCUCUAAACCUGGCCAGGCAUUCAAGUAUUGUAUGGAGGAACAGGAACACGAAGAUAAGAUCCCCAUCGCUUUGACUGGUGUCCCGCCAUUCUACGUCGAAGUGGAGAUCAAACAUCAGUCUGGAUCGGUGCCAGAUACCUACCGUAUUCCAUCCAUUAACUCCCACUCCUACUCCAUGCCUAUACCGAGAGAGCAUUUGCGCCUCGGUGCACAGCAACUUCGCAUACGACGUGUUCGAGACGCUAAAGGAUGCCAGCAAAAGUACGACGUUAAUGGACCGUCAAUCCAGAUCCAGCUUUUUGAUGCUCCUUCAAUUUAUCCGCUGGAAUCUCGUGACGACUUUUGCGUUGGCGAACGAAUUGCAUAUACACUGUCGGGAACGCCGCCGUUUGACAUAGCCUAUGACUUCAACGGGCGCUGGAAUGCCAAAUCACAGUCGACAAAUUUCCGCCGUGUGGCCGAGAAGCCCGGCGACUUCAUCAUCACCAGUAUUUCGGACAAGGCCAGUGAGUGCCGUGCAGCUGUCAACCUGCACAAGAGGAUUCACCCUCUGCCGAGCGUCCAAAUUAGCCGUGGAAAGCAAUCUCGCGUUGAUAUCCAUGAAGGUAACGAGGUUGACAUCUUGUUCGAAUUCUGGGGCACGCCUCCGUUUGAAUUCACGUACACGCGAAGUAGCAACGCCAAAAAGGGACACAGAAGUGUUGUCUUGGAAAGGAGACACGAUACCUCUUAUGAGCAUAGCAAGGUGAUCAAAGCCAGCCAAGAAGGCACGUACGAAGUCGUCGCAAUUAAGGACAAGUACUGUUCCUUUUCGACAGAGCAAGCUACUGAGAAGAAGGACGGACGGUGA